AUGUAUAGAUUUGCAAUGAGACGAAUAAGAGAAAGCUUUCUCAAUUUAUUAAUAGGAAUUUUACUUGGCAAUAAGAUUGGAAAUGUUCUCCUCAAGAGACAGCGAUCUGUUUGCGAAAACAAAGUUGCCGGUUCUGGAUCAGAAAAAUUAAGGCACAAUGCAAGCGUUUUGAUUGGGAUUUAUUCCACUGAUGAGCUCCUUCAAACCCGAGGUCGGGCAAUAAUGGAUACUUGGUACAACUCUGUCGAUAAAAAUCAAGCUGAAAUCGUCUUUUUCGCGAAUUCGACGAGUCCAAAAAUGAAUAUUGUUCAACUACCGGGUGUGAGCGACCAUGACUAUCCGCCACAAAAGAAGUCGUUUCGCGCAUUGCAGUAUAUUCUCAAAAAUAGAAAGGACAUCCAUUGGUAUUUGCGAGCAGAUGAUGAUAUAGUCAUAAACUGGUCGAAUCUUCAGCAGUUUUUGUUCUCACUUGACCACGAAAAAUCCUACCUGAUUGGAGCUCCUGGCUUUGGAAAACAUGAAGAGGACUUUAUUCAAGAAGGCUUUGCAUUUUGCAUGGGUGGGCCAGGAGUUCUAAUGUCGAAAGGAUUACUUGACAAACUGAGGGGAAGAAUCAAUGAGUGUCAAAACAGUAUACUAACAGAACACGAAGACAUAGAGCUAAGCCGGUGCAUUUACCAACUAGCUGAAACAAUGUGCACAAAAGCAACGGAUGUGCAGAGCUAUUUUUACCAACACUACGUGAAGCAAAAGAGUGGAACCGACGCUCAGAACUCCUAUGGAAGAAAUAUACAUCCAGCAACGGGCAGAAAAAGCUAA